UCGUCUAGGAGAAUGGGUGAGAGUGAGUCGGGAGGGAGGAACACAUGUCGAAUAGCACUGGAGAAAUGGAGGACGAAAUGUCUGAGCGAAAAAAAAGACGACACAGCGGUGGUGAUGACCGAAGAGGAUAUUACGAAGAAAAGAGAGAGAUGUAUCCGUUGCUGAAGAUCUUAGUUCCAAAUUAUGCUGCUGGUGCAAUUAUUGGCAAAGGAGGGCAAAACAUUUUGCAGCUUCAGUCUACUUAUGGAGCAAGGAUAAAAUUGUCACAGAAUAAUGAGCACUACCCUGGUACACAGGAGAGAAUUGGUAUCAUAACCGGUGAUGUUGACAAAGUAAUCGAUUUGCACAAGUAUGUGAUGGAUAAGAUUAGAAAUGAAGCAAGCCAUGCACAUGGGUCAGCCAUUGAUGACAGAAGUAGACAGAAGGAAGCCAAAAUAAUUGUACCAAAUAGUACUGCAGGCCUUAUUAUUGGAAGAGGAGGAAGUAUGAUCCGAAGUUUAAUGGAACAAUCUGGAGCAAAAAUCAUCUUGUCUAAUAAAGAUCAAGAGCAGGUUCACGGGGAGAGAGUUGUGACUGUGACAGGUUCACCUGAAGAGAAUGAAGAAGCAUGUCGACUCAUCAUUGAUAAGGUUGCUACAGAUCCUAGCAAUAUGAUGAACAGAACAUUGUCUUACUCUAGUAACCACUAUGCACGAUCAGAUGGGCAUGUAGGUGGGCGUUUUGGUGGUGGCCAUGGCAAUAUUGAUAGUGGUUUAUCUGCCAUGACUUCAGUGCUUGGAAACCUAGCAGGAAACCGGAACCAGCAACAAAAUUUGCUUGCAAUGGUUGGAGCCUCUGCUCUGGGUGGGCCAACAGGCAUGAGUAGAGGUGGCAAUGUUUUAGGACUUGGAGCUAACCCCCUAGCAAUGCAGAUUUUAGCUCAAGGUGGUAAUUCUGCUAACCUGCCCUACAUCAAGACAAAAGUGAAUGUUGAAAUGCACAUUCCUGAUUCACUUGUUGGUGCUAUUCUUGGAAAAGGUGGGAAGACAAUUGUAGAGCUGAUAAAUUACAGUGGAGCAAAAAUUCAGUUUUCAGGAAAAGGAGAAUUUGUACAGGGUACCAAUGAUAGGAUCCUUACCAUUGAAGGGGAUUUUUCAUCCACCCAGGUUGCCCAUUUUCUUAUUUGCCAAAAAAUCUUACAAUCUGAAGCUGAAAACAAAUGACACCAUUGUCAACCUAAUGAUGCUAAAGGUCAUUGUCACACUCUAGACCAUUGUCAUCAAACAUUCAAUUAACACCAUAGUGCAUAGACACUUAUCGUCUUGUAGUUUGUUGAUCACUGUCAUACCUAGUAAUUGUUAUCAUGCAAAUACACAACA